GGCAGCGUUCACCAUUAUAAUAUUAUACUCAACGCUAUUACCAUUUGGUAAUACGGGAAUGAGACUAAAUUGAUCUUUAUUGUGUUUGUUGUUGUCAAGUAAAUUGAGAAAUAUUUUUUUUUGUGAUGUCAGUAAUCCUUUUUAUUGUGUGACACACUGGUACGUGAAUGUCGGAAAUAAGGUCGACAACUUCGAAAAUGAUGAAAAUCAUCGAUAGAAUAGAUAUACAUCAGCAAUAAAAAAAUUAAAAACCUACUCUCGAAAUUUAUCCAAAAAAUUUGUGACUAUCAAUAUGACUACCGAGAUCAAUGGGGACUUCAGCAUUAAUGAUAACCAUAUCAAAGUCCAAGCAGCAAAGCCAGCGCAAGUGAGUAAUGUAAAUUGUGAUAAAAUGACUUUAAAAACGUCUAGAGUGAAUGAAGACAAACCACUAUUAACUGGUACAGCUACACUCUACAACCAAAAUGGAAGUAAUUUUCUUUCUCCAACUGCUAGAACAUUACCUGAUACAAACAUUUCUAGUGGUCCAAUGAAUGAAUCAUUGGAAAAAAAUGUUGCUAAUGGUGGAUCAACAUCAGAUUAUAAUCCAUUGCUAAACCGACAAUUAGAAAAUCCAACAUCGAAUUUUGAUACCAUGAUACAUUUAUUAAAGGGAAAUAUUGGUACUGGAAUCUUAGCUAUGCCUGAUGCAUUCAGAAAUUCUGGUUGGGUUGUAGGUUUAGUAUGUACAGCACUUUUGGGAGCUGUUUGCACACAUUGUAUGCAUAUAUUGGUUCGGUGCUCUCAUGAAUUAUGUGUCAGAACACAAAGGCCAUCUCUUUCAUUUCCUAAUGUUGCAGAAAUGGCUUUUGAAUAUGGACCACCCAAAUUACAAAAAUAUUCAUCAGCUGCUAGUAAAUUUAUUAAUACCUUCCUAGUUAUGACUCAACUGGGCUUUUGUUGUGUGUAUUUCUUGUUUGUGGCCACUAACUUACAAGAGGUGAUAACUCAUUACUUUUCUGUUAAAUUGUCUGUUCAAUCAUAUUUGCUUAUACUACUGGUGCCCAUGAUACUUUUGAAUUGUGUAAAGAGUCUAAAGUACCUGACGCCGGCAUCUUUUGUGGCAACCAUAUUAACUGUGAUUGGAUUAGGAAUAACAUUUUUCUACUUACUUCAAGGACUUCCAAAAACAUUAAGUGUCAAAGCUUUUUCUUCUUGGCAACAGUUACCCCUUUAUUUUGGAACUGCAGUUUACGCAUUUGAAGGCAUUGGAAUGGUUUUACCAUUGGAAAAUAACAUGAAAAAUCCAGAGUCAUUUGGUGGAAUGACUGGUGUCUUAAAUACUGGAAUGGUCAUUGUAACAUGUCUGUAUACGUCAAUUGGAUUUUUUGGAUACUUGCGAUAUGGAGAAGCUGUUAAAUUAGGAAGUAUUACACUGAAUCUUCUUCUGAAGAUUUGUAAGUUAGCCCAAAGUGUCCGGGCAGCAAUGGCAUUCUCAAUAUUUUUGUCUUAUGGUCUCCAAUUCUAUGUUCCAAUUGGUAUUGUAUGGCCUGCUUUAAAAGGAUAUUUUCAUUCACAAUCUAGUCAACGUAAUGCUGAAUUGAGUAUCAGAGUGUUUCUUGUCACACUAACAUUUGCUUUAGCAGCUGCCAUUCCAAACCUAUCAGCAAUCAUCUCAUUAGUGGGAUCAUUCAGCAGCUCAGCACUAGCUCUGAUCUUUCCACCUAUUAUUGAACUCAUGACAUUCUGGGAUCAUUGCUCUGGUAAAGAGUUUACGCUGAUGUUUGUUAAAGAUAUUAUUAUUAUUAUUAUCGGUUUUCUUGGAUUUGGUUUUGGAUCGUAUGCGAGUUUAUGGAAUAUCAUUGAACCCAUAAGCAGUUAAUUUAGCUUUGGACAUAACAAUGCUUUAAGUAUCCACCAGUAUUUCAAUUAUUGAUCUUAAUAAUUUAUUGUCUUCCUAUAUCAAUUAUCGUUUUAUUUUUUUUUUUUAUAUUAUAAGGAGUAGGUAAUUUUUUUUUUAAUUUCUAAUUUUAAGAUAAUCUUUAAAAAACCAUUUUUUUUUUCAAAUUUUUUAUUUGAAAUGACAAUUGCAUAAUAUUUAACCUUAUAUCUAUGACAAAUUUUUUAACCCUAAAAUGUUAUGGUAUCAAAAUGUAUUUUAAAUGGUAUUCAUUAUCAUCUACUAUUAUAUUUUUAAAGUAUGUUUUAAAUGUAAGACUCAUGAAAAUGUAUCAACGAUUGAGUACAUGUAUACAUUUUCAGUGCUUAAAAUUGUAUACUUUGUUUUCUUGCCUAUUUGAUUUUAAUAACAUUCUUAAUGUCAUAACCAAACAUUUUACCUUAAACAAUAUAAUCUCACUUUUUUUUUACCACCUAUAUGUAUGUGAUUAUUAGUUUUAAUACCUAGUUAUUGUUAAUUAAGAUGUUGAAUUGUUUUUAGACUAGGUAAAAUAAAUCAUAAGGCAUACAUUCCUAUGAAACUAAAUAUCUAUUGCUUAAUUAUUAUACAUUUUAAUUAAUAAUAUAACAACUGCAUUUUUCAUUAUUUUAUUUGAGAAUAAUUUAUAUAUUAAUAAAUAUAUAUAUAUAAUACAAUUUUAAACAUAUAAUUUUAUUUAAGGUAAUGAUUAUGUUGAGAUAUUAUAUUCACGUAUUUGGAGAUUAUUGUAUAAAUCUAUGAUAUAUUAAUGUAUAUUAAAUAUAAUAUGUAUUACUUGUAAUCAAAUUAACAUAAUAUUUCAUAUUUUAUUGAACUAUCUAUUGUUUUUUUCAUUAUUCUAAUGUUAAAUUCAUUAUGUUAUACAUCUUCAUUACUCUGUCCUAAGCUUUAAAUGUUAACCAUAACAUAAUUAGUAUAGCAUAACAAUUAUUUAUAUUACUUUUAUUAUAAUAGUAUAUAUAAUAUACAAAUUAUACCUAUACGUUAAAUGGCUUAUAUUUAAGACUUACAAAAAUAUUACUUAACUAUAUUCAAGACAAUUUUUUUUUUCAUAUUAAUUGUAUUAUUGGAUAAUAAGAAAAUCAUGACAAUAAAUUUGCAACUAAGA